AUGGCGCUGGAUUGUUAUGUAGAUCCGAAACGACAGGGGUGGGUUGAUAUUGGGGAUCCAUGGGAUGUGGAGACGGAGAUCGGAUGGCUUGAGGCUGGAUUGAGGGGAUAUGUGUUUUCGAGCGAGGAUAAGAAGACAGUCGUGAUUGGGAUCAAGGGCACGUCGCUGAAGUUGUUCGGGACCGGAGGCGGGCCAACAGGGACAAAUGAUAAGAUCAAUGAUAACAAGAUGUUUUCGUGCUGUUGCGGAAAAGUUGAUAGGACGUGGUGGCCGGUGUGCAGUUGUGCAACGGGCGGGAACCAAUGUAAUCAGCAAUGUCUGGUCAAUGACCUGAUCACGGAUCGCGACGAAGGCGAUAGUUACUACGGCAUUGCACUGAGAGUACUGGAUGCAGCAAAGCAACUAUACCCGGAUGCGAGUAUCUGGCUGACAGGACAUUCCCUGGGCGGGAGCGUAGCCUCUACGGUCGGGAUCACGAAGGGUUACCCUGUUUUUACGUUCCAAUCGCCGGGUGAUGCACGGUUCGCACAGCGGAUUGGGAUUGUAAAGUCUGGAAAUUUGACAGCAUCGGAGCUGAAGCGGAUGCCCGUCUGGCAAUUUGGACACACCGCUGAUCCGGUAUUCAUGGGUACGUGCAACGGUCCAACAUCGUCCUGCUACUCUGCAGGAUAUGCGCUCGAGACGAAGUGUCAUCUAGGCAGGUCGUGUAUUUAUGACACAAUGGGCGUCCUAGGUUGGCGCCAGAAUAUCCAGGCACAUACUAUUUUUACGUUCAUUAGCGUGGUCGAGAACUGGGGGAACAUGACAGAGGGACGGGAGUUUGUGCCAAAGUGUGAAGCACAGGCGGAUUGUCAGGAUUGCACGUACUGGGACUAUGUUUGA